CUCUCAUCCUCUAUCCGAGCAGAGCCGCGCUGUCUCACAUGGACCCGACACAUCAACAUCGCAUCAAGACUCUCUCAGUAGUUCCCGUUUGGAAAGGCAAAAGAGAAGUUUGAUCAGGUGGAUCAAAACGCCAGCCACCUCUUGAAAAGGAUCUUGCGUGUGUGUUUUAGGUGAAGCUGUAAAAGAGAACGAAGAGAGCAGCUGGUUUAAGGAGCGCAGACGCGUGCCAUCCACGAUUUCUUUCCAAAAAACUUCUUAAGAGGAAUAAUGAGGAACAUUUGGAUAUUCCUGACACUUUCAGCAGCUGUCUGCUUGUCCAGCGACAAGGUACUGGUCUCCGGUCAGUCCCCUGCCUCAGCUGAUGACAUCUAUUUGGAUGACCAGCAGUCUGGUGACUACCCUUUAGAUGAUGAUGACUUCACUUCUGGUUCAGGAUCUGGUUUUAGUGACACAGAUGAUGAUGAAGACACUUCCACGGUAAUUGUGCGGUACCCAGAAUUCAAUGCGGGCUCUACUCAGGAGCCUGUCUACACCAGCAGCCCCAGCUUGGAGUCCUCCAUUUCCAAAGAGAUAGACCAAUUCAGCAUAGAGACAGUCAUCGACUCAGACAUGGGACCAGAGAUCUCUAACUAUCAGACAGAAAAGCCCCAGGUCACUGUUGAAGCCACCAGCUCACCGAGUGUUGUACAAGAUGCUGACCCACUUCAUGAGGUUCGAACAGAAAAUCUCUUCCAAAGGACAGAAGUGCUGGCAGCGGUUAUAGCGGGUGGAGUGAUUGGCUUCCUAUUUGCCAUCUUCCUGAUCCUCCUUCUGGUGUACCGUAUGAGAAAGAAGGAUGAGGGCAGCUAUGACCUUGGAGAGCGCAAGCCACCCAGCUCAGCCUAUCAGAAGGCUCCGAGUAAAGAGUUCUACGCCUGAAUGACCAAUCAUUGCCAACAGUAACAUCAUUAUGACAACCAACUCCUCUCCGAGAGUAAUGGUGGAUCGGUAGCACAUCGAGGGGAUUUUUUUUACGGGGAACCUUUACUUAUUUAAAAAAUGUAACAAAAAAGUAAUUUUGCUUCACAAACCCAACCGGGGCUUGUAUUUUCUUUUUUGGGAUCAAAGAUUGUUUCUCUAUGGUUUUUGAAAACAAUUGUUGUCAGUGUAUGAAAGUAAAUCAUUUCUCACAGGUUUUAGUCAUUGACUACUUUAUAACAGUAGAGGUAUGUUUUAUUAAAGAACAAGACAAUUCCAGGGUGGAAAUCCUGGGUUAUAUCUGAGACCUUUAAUUUUCCACUGAUUACUUUUCAGUAACUUAUCUCAGUGUGGACUUUAUCAGUAAUUUCGUUUUCAUCAUCUCAUCAUGUUUGUAAAGGGUUUUAUCUCCUUUGGCUUGUGCCAUUAUGUUCUUCAGUCAAACUGAAUGUGUGUGUUUUCGUCUGGCCAAUAUGAAAUCGUUCAAACAUCACAGCAUACUACAGAAUGUUUAAAUGUAUUUUGUUAUUUUUCAUGAUUCUAAUGUAGUUGGUACAGUGUUAAGUCCCUGAAAGUUCAAAUUCUACACAUUCCUCCAUACUUGCGCUCCUUCAUUCUCUCUUUUUCUGUCUCUUAGGAAAAUCAGUAGUACUUGACUGUUUCAUCAAAGUUUGCCAUGCCUCCAUUCAUAGCAUUCAAUAGACUUAAAUGAUUAAAAUUACUGUAACCAUGAUAUGUCUACAUUGGACACAAGCUUAUCAAGGUCAACCCCCCCAAAAAACUAUUUGAUAUCCAGUUACCCAACACUUAGAAGGAAAAAAAGCUCAUUAGAAUAAGAUAUGGAUUAUGAACAAAUGUAAUGAGUCCAAGAAUGAAUCUUCCAUGACAGGUUAAUGUCAUUUACCCAGUAAAAGUCGGCAGUUUUACUGAUUUUUACGCCCACGCUCUUCUCAAUCGACACAUUUUCAGCGUUCACUGUUGACUGAAACCCUAAUGAAGGCCAUUUUUCUUUAUUUCAUAAUAUUAUCCCUCAUGCGGAAGCAGCUUUUUAAAUGAUUUCUCUUUAGUUUCUGACUCGAGCAUAUUCUGCUGAAUGUCUCUGACCUUCCAAAGACUCAAACAGUGUUGUUAACAGUGAUGAUGAUUAAUAACGUGAAUCACAUCUGCUCAUUUUUACUCUUUUCAUGUGCAUUUCAAAUGUUUCUUUUAAAGACCUGACCAUUUAGAGUCAACGACGUCUCUGUAUAUGUUAAUAUACAAUAAUUUAUAGAAUAUAAUUAUUUAUAUACUACAUAUUAUAUGUAAUAUGUUAGUUAAAAAAAAAUCUAUGAAAAUGUAUAUUCACAAAUGUUUUAGAAGCCCUUGAAGUGCCUACUGUUCUGAAACAGUUCUACAGGGAUUUGAGGACAUUUGUGCAUCGGAAUGAUGUUAAAAGCUGGAACUGGAGAAAUGUGAUGAGUGGUGAUGUCACAGAAUUACAGAAACAGUAUUGUAUUUCAUAAAAAAAACACUACUGAAUAAACAUUUUCUCAUGGUAUUUUAA